AAGAAAGAGAAAAACAUUAAACUAUUCUAUGCCCUGUUUGUAAAAUGCAUUUUUAAAAAAAAAAAAAAAUGUUAUGUUAACCUUCCUUAUUUAAACCAGAUUAUUCUAAUUUGCUUUGUGCCAAACCAAUACACAGCAACAAAGACAAUGAGCCAGAAAGACAACUUAAAACGUAUCUCUAAUGGUUAUGCCAGCGGAAGACGGGUUGUUUUUUUCUUGUUGUCUUUUCAUGGUUGUGGGUGGGUGCAUUGAGAGGAAGUAAUCACCCAGAAUCUGUGUCUGUCUGUGUGUGUGUGUGUGUGUGUGUGUGUGUACGUGUGCAAAAGUGUCACACAGCUCAAGGUGUUCAGUCGACAUGUUUUUAAAGCAUUUAACAAAUUAUCUUUUAGUUUUGACUUUAAUUUAUCUUUUAACAGAUUCAGGUGCUGUGAAUGUUAUCAGAGGGAAUACUGCAAAUCUGUCCUGCCACUCAAUUUUGAAUGAUAGUGACAGAGUUUCUGUAGAUUGGAUAAAAAAUAACAGCACAACUAUUUGUAAAUAUAUUUCAAUUGACUACAAAGAGAGAACUGACUCAGGAUUUUGCAAACCUCAUUUUUCAUUGAAUAAAAAGUAUUUAUUUCUAAGCAUAGAUAAUGUUCAGCUCAGUGACGCUGGUAAUUACACCUGUAAAACAGUGAAAAUAAUUCCACCACCAACAACUGAGUACAUCUCAUACGUGAUACUUCAUGUUGAAGGUCUCUCACUGCAGCGACUGAACAGCAGUAAUGCCACCUGUGUCCAUCUGCUCUGCUCUUUGGAGGGUCUGAAUCCUGCACAGGUGAACUUCACCUGGAGCAAAGAAGGUCAAAAUAUAUAUCAUCCAUCCACCUCUUCUGAUAUGAGCAGUGAGCUGCAUCUGUGUAAACCAGCGUGGAGAGAAGGAGACACAAUCACCUGUAAUGCCAUUUACUUGAGCACCAAAACACUUUACAACCAAAGUAUAGAGCUCACAAGUGCUGUCACAGGUGCUGUGAAUGUUAUCAGAGGGAAUACUGCAAAUCUGUCCUGCCACUCAAUUUUGAAUGAUAGUGACAGAGUUUCUGUAGAUUGGAUAAAAAAUAACAGCACAACUAUUUGUAAAUAUAUUUCAAUUGACUACAAAGAGAGAACUGACUCAGGAUUUUGCAAACCUCAUUUUUCAUUGAAUAAAAAGUAUUUAUUUCUAAGCAUAGAUAAUGUUCAGCUCAGUGACGCUGGUAAUUACACCUGUAAAACAGUGAAAAUAAUUCCACCACCAACAACUGAGUACAUCUCAUACGUGAUACUUCAUGUUGAAGGUCUCUCACUGCAGCGACUGAACAGCAGUAAUGCCACCUGUGUCCAUCUGCUCUGCUCUUUGGAGGGUCUGAAUCCUGCACAGGUGAACUUCACCUGGAGCAAAGAAGGUCAAAAUAUAUAUCAUCCAUCCACCUCUUCUGAUAUGAGCAGUGAGCUGCAUCUGUGUAAACCAGCGUGGAGAGAAGGAGACACAAUCACCUGUAAUGCCAUUUACUUGAGCACCAAAACACUUUACAACCAAAGUAUAGAGCUCACAAGUGCUGUCACAGGAGGAGAUCCUACUAGUAAGUCUUUCCUGCUGAUAAUCACAUGCAGUGCUGUAGCAGGGAUCAUCUUCUGCCUGAUCUUCACUACUGUUCUGUGCAAAUGUAAAGCCAGAAAGAAAACAGAUGAAAAUGGAACGAUUGUAUUUAGCAAUAAAAUCUACGAGAACUUCAGUUUCGCCAUGGCACGCCAGACUGCACAGGCCAUUGAAAAACCACAGACUGAAGAGUGCAUAUAUGAGAACUAACCUAAUUCAUACAUAACAUACAGUCAUACUGAGCCUAAACUUGUUGCAAAGGCUAUGCAAUGUAGGCUAAACUGUGUGAUUCUCUGGUGGUUUUCCUAAGAUAUCUGAAGGUGCUGCAAAUCAUUCUCACUGUAUUGUUAAAAAUGCUUUCUUUGAAAAAAGAAUAGUAUGCACUUUAAAAACAAUCAGUAUUUUUUUAGUUAUUUUGUUCUCUUUGUAUUCAAGCACUGUAUAGGAGCACUAAACUAGUGUCAUGAAUUUGUGAUUAUGGGCAGGGACUUUACAUCUGUUUUCUUAGCUAAAGUGCUACGCAUUAUUACAAACUCUCUUUGCAAUUUUUGUAAUAUGACUUUUAUUUUUGGUACAGUAUUUGGACUAAUUGUGCUGUAAUGUUGUAUUUACUUGUAAAUAAAUCACAAAUGACAUACAA